CCCAUCCGGGCGGGUGUUCGCCUCUGAUUGGUAGAAGGAGCUCCGCGCUAGUUGCCUGGUGAAGAGCAAGAGGAACCAGUGGACACCAAUGUGCUAAUUGGUGUAAAAUGGCGCUGUCUCAAGGAACAAAGAAAAAAGUUUGCUAUUACUAUGACGGGGAUGUGGGGAACUACUACUAUGGUCAGGGCCAUCCCAUGAAACCCCACAGGAUUCGCAUGACUCACAACCUGCUACUCAACUAUGGACUGUACAGGAAAAUGGAGAUCUAUAGACCACACAAAGCCAGUGGCGAGGAGAUGACCAAAUACCACAGUGACGACUACAUUAAGUUCCUGCGGUCCAUCCGGCCGGACAACAUGUCUGAGUACAGCAAACAGAUGCAGAGAUUCAAUGUCGGAGAGGACUGUCCGGUGUUUGAUGGUCUGUUUGAGUUCUGCCAGCUCUCAACAGGUGGAUCUGUCGCCGGGGCUUUGAAGCUGAACAAGCAGCAGACAGACAUCGCCAUCAACUGGGCCGGAGGACUCCACCACGCCAAGAAGUCGGAGGCCUCGGGUUUCUGCUACGUCAACGACAUCGUCCUGGCCAUCCUCGAGCUGCUCAAGUACCACCAGAGAGUCUUGUACAUCGACAUCGACAUCCACCACGGUGAUGGGGUGGAGGAGGCUUUCUACACCACAGACAGGGUCAUGACCGUCUCUUUCCACAAGUAUGGAGAGUACUUCCCCGGCACUGGAGACCUGAGGGACAUCGGAGCUGGAAAGGGAAAGUACUACGCCGUAAACUACCCGCUCAGAGACGGGAUUGACGAUGAGUCGUAUGAAGCCAUCUUCAAACCUAUCAUGGCUAAAGUCAUGGAGAUGUACCAGCCGAGUGCGGUGGUUCUCCAGUGUGGAGCGGAUUCUCUCUCUGGAGACAGACUGGGCUGCUUCAACCUCACCAUCAAAGGCCACGCCAAAUGUGUGGAGUACAUCAAGAGCUUCAACCUCCCCCUGCUGAUGCUGGGGGGGGGAGGCUACACCAUCCGAAACGUGGCACGCUGCUGGACGUAUGAGACGGCCACCGCCUUGGACUGCUCCAUCCCCAACGAGCUGCCCUACAACGACUACUUCGAGUACUUCGGGCCCGACUUCAAGCUGCACAUCAGCCCGUCCAACAUGACCAACCAGAACACCAACGAGUACCUGGAGAAGAUCAAGCAGCGGCUGUUUGAAAACCUGCGCAUGCUGCCUCACGCCCCCGGGGUCCAGAUGCAGGCCAUCCCCGAGGACGCCCCCCACCCGGACAGCGGGGACGAGGAGGAGGAGGACCCCGACAAACGCGUCUCCAUCCGGGCCCACGACAAGAGGAUAGCCUGCGAGGAGGAGUUCUCCGACUCUGAGGACGAGGCGGAGGGGCAGGGAGGAGGCCGCAGGAACGCAGCCAAUCACAAGAAGGUGAAACGAGUGAAGAAGGAGGAGGAGAAGGACGGAGAGGAGAAGAAAGAAGUGAAAGAGGAGGAGAAGGAGGAGGAGAAGAUGGACACCUCGGGACCAAAAGAGGAGGUGAAGACAACCUGACACCUGAGCAGAAAUGGUUGGUGGAUCCGACUCCUCCGUCCUCCUGCUGCAGCGAGAGGACCUCCUUUUUAUAUUCAACGCAAGGUUGUAAACCCCACCCGACUGGAGCGUAGCGUAGUGUAAAACAAACGACACAAUUCCUUCUUCCCCCGCUGCUGCUGCUGUGAAACAAGGGCUGCUUUACUGUGAAGGAAAGCGCUCCACGUAUUCCUGCUCCUAUCAUGGUGAUCCAGAUUUAAAUACCUGCAUAGAUGUAAUGAUUCCUACGUGCUAAAAACAGCUUAUUUUUAAAUACCGAUUAAUGAUGCUGUUAGAAAACCCAGCCUUCGACCAUCCAUCCAUCUUCUCCCGCUUUUCCGUCAGGGUCGCGGAGGUAACAGCUCCAGCAGACCAUCUGUGUUUAUUUCCCCACGAGUGCAUGUUUGAAACGACCCUGCCUUUAAGCAUGUCCACACUGCUCCCCAUCUCUUCUCAGUAACUUAUUUUAAAUCCUGAAGAAAGGUCGCCCUUCUGCGUAUCCUAUUUUAUUUCCUCCUGCUUUGUGUGUGUGUGGAAGUGUGAAUGGUCGUGAAGCCGCUCGGAGGAUUAUGUUAUGAAGCGAGUGACUUGUUUUAGAUAUUUUGUACCAGCAGACGUGAGAGGGGGCUUCAUGUUGUUUGGAGUUUGAAAUGUGAAAUGUGCAUUAUCAUAAAUUUGUAAUAAAGAAAUAAGGAACUGA